GCGGGAGGGGCUGCUGGGGCCCGGCCCAGACCUCCCGGCGGUCGCAUUGUUUUCCUCCGCGGACCCGCGGCGGGAUUGGGGGCUGCGACUGGGCUUGCGGGACUGGACAGCGCCCGGGAAUCCAGAUCUAAGCUCCGUCCAACUCGUACGCUCAUCACACCUCGCCAGAGCCCCAACCACGGAUCGCGAAGUCGGCGCGGUGCGGGGCCGCUGCCCGCCCGCUGCCCUCUCGACCCCGCUAGCUCGGAUCUCGGAGCAAGUCAAAGGUCUUCUAUCCUCAAACCCCAACAGCAGUCAUCACCCAGGGCCAGCAUAUGGGUGAGGGGGCACCCCCUGGGGCCUGAGCUGCCCCGCACAGGAUGCCCCGUGCCCCCUACUUCAUGCCCUUGCUGCUCCUGCUGCUGCUGCUCUCACUUCCCCACACCCAGGCCACCUUUCCCCGGGACCCCCUCCCUCUGCUGAUCUCUGACCUGCAAGGUACUUCCCCAUUAUCCUGGUUCCGGGGCCUGGAGGAUGAUGCUGUGGUUGCAGAACUUGGGCUGGACUUCCAGAAAUUUCUGACCUUGAACCGGACCUUGCUAGUGGCUGCCCGGGAUCAUGUUUUCUCCUUCGAUCUACAAGCUCAAGAAGAAGGGGAGGGACUGGUGCCCAACAAGUAUCUCACAUGGAGGAGCCAGGACAUGGAGAACUGCGCGGUGCGGGGGAAGCUGACGGACGAGUGCUACAACUACAUCCGUGUUCUCGUUCCCUCGGACUCGCAGACACUCCUUGCUUGUGGAACGAACUCAUUCAGCCCCGUGUGCCGCAGUUAUGGGAUAACUUCGCUGCAGCAGGAGGGUGAAGAACUGAGUGGGCAGGCUCGAUGCCCCUUUGAUGCCACCCAGUCCAACGUAGCUGUCUUUGCAGAGGGCAGCCUGUAUUCAGCCACAGCUGCAGAUUUCCAGGCCAGUGACGCUGUAGUUUACAGAAGCCUUGGCCCUCAGCCCCCACUCCGCUCAGCCAAGUACGACUCCAAGUGGCUCCGAGAGCCACACUUUGUCCAUGCCUUGGAGCAUGGAGACCACGUCUACUUCUUCUUCCGAGAGGUCUCCGUGGAGGACACCCGGCUGGGGAGGGUACAGUUCUCCCGUGUGGCCCGUGUGUGUAAGCGUGACAUGGGCGGCUCACCUCGGGCCUUGGACCGUCAUUGGACAUCCUUCCUGAAGCUUCGGCUCAACUGCUCUGUCCCUGGGGAUGCUGCCUUCUAUUUUGACGUCUUACAGGCCUUGACUGGGCCUGUGAACUUGUAUGGCCGCCCUGCUCUCUUUGGGGUCUUCAGCACCCAGACCAAUAGCAUCCCUGGCUCUGCAGUCUGUGCCUUCUACCUGGAUGAUAUUGAACGUGGGUUUGAGGGCAAAUUCAAGGAGCAGAGGAGUUCGGAUGGGGCCUGGACUCCUGUGUCUGAGGACAGGGUCCCCUCCCCCAGGCCAGGAUCCUGUGCAGGAGUGGGUGUAGCUGCCUUAUUCCCCUCUUCUCGAGAUCUCCCUGAUGAUGUCCUGACUUUCAUCAAGGCUCACCCACUGCUGGACCCCACUGUGCCACCUGCCACCCACCAGCCUCUCCUUACCCUCACCAGCAGGGCCCUACUGACCCAGGUAGCUGUGGAUGGCACAGCUGGUCCCUAUCGUAACACCACAGUCCUGUUCCUUGGCUCCAAUGAUGGAACAGUGCUGAAGGUGCUGCCCCCAGGGGGACAAUCUGGAGGACGGGAGCCCAUCCUGUUGGAAGAGAUCAAUGCCUACAGCCCCUCCCGGUGCAGUGGGAAGCGGGCGGCCCAAACAGCACGGCAGGUGAUAGGACUGGAGCUGGACACUGAAGGUCACAGGCUCUUUGUGGCUUUUUCUGGCUGCAUCAUCUACCUCCCUCUCAGCCGGUGUGCCCGGCAUGAGCCUGUCGGAGCCAGGGUGAGCGUAGAAGAGGCAGGUGAAUGGAAUGUGAUUGGAAUGGAGAAGGUCCCAGCCUCACAUGACUCAGUUUUCCCUAGGAGCUGUUUGGCUUCUCAGGACCCAUACUGUGGAUGGCAUAGCUCCAGGGGCUGUGUGGAUAUCAGGGGACCUGGUGGGACUGAUGUGGAUCCAGCUGGGAACCAGGAAUCCAGGGAGCACGGUGACUGCCAAGACGGAGCUACCGGGAGUCAGUCUGGCACAGGGAACUCUGCUUAUGUGCUUCUGGGUCCUGGCCCUUCCCCCGAGACCCCCAGCCCCCCCAGUGAAGCCCACCCCCGGCCCCAGGCUUCCACCCUUGGAGCUCACACUCAGGGUAAGGGGGCCGGCUGGGAGGGACAGGACGUGCGCCGCGACCUCCCCGCAGCCUCGGCCGCCCGCUCGGUGCCCAUCCCGCUGCUCCUGGCCUGUGUGGCCGCCCGCUUCUGCCCUGGGCGCCCUUCUCCAGGCCUGCUGGUCUCCUGCGCUUGUCGCCGCGCCCCCGGCCCCGCGCGCGGGAACGCGGCCGGCGGCUCUGCGCCCCGCGUGCUGGUGAGGCCGCCGCCGCGCGGCUGCCCGGGGCGGGCGGUGGAGGUGACGACCCUGGAGGAGCUGCUGCGCCAUCUGCACGCCCCGCCGCCGGCCCCGCGGGCGCUGCCCCUGGAGCCCGCCCCGGCCCCCGCCCCCGCCCGGCCAGGUCGGCCGGCUCCCGCAUCCCCCCGCGAAUGCGCGCCCCCCCUGCGGCUGGACGUGCCACCGGACGGGCAGUGCCCGAGGCCCCCCGGCCGGCCGGCCCCCGCUCCCCGGCUCGGGGUGGGCGGCAGCCGGAGGCGCCCCUUCUCCUCCCACCGGGCGCCCCCCGCCCUGCUCACUCGCGUGCCCUCGGGGGGCCCCUCCCGGGACUCGGGGAGACACCUGUACCUGGGCCGCCCCGAGGGCUACCGGAGCCGCACCCUGAAGAGAGUGGACCUGCAGAAGCCCCGGUCGCCCCCGAAGCUGCCCCCGGUCGCGGCCCCCGCCCCGCUGGCCGUCCCCGGCGGCAGCCAUUUUAACUUGUGAAGGAAGCCGCGAGCGGACCGGCCUCCCAGGAUAGGCCCCUCCCCGGCCCCACACCUGCAGCCUUCCCGGACCCCGAGGCGCCGGGCCCUCCCGCCUUGGGCUUAUUUAUUGACUGUCUUCCCCGCUGUCCCCUCGAGAGCGGAGCGGGGGACCAAGUCUGCCCCUCAGCGAGCCAGCUUUCCCGGAGGGGCCGGCCCGCCCGCUCCCCUCCCUCAGCCGAGCUGCCUUAACUCGCCUCUGGGCUUCCUCCCU